CCAGACUGACAUUAGAUAAGAAGGGUGGUCUUUCGGUUUUAUUACAUAAUGCAAACUAAACUAGAGGGGAAAAGACAUUCCGGGUACGUCAAGGGUAAAACAUACAACAUGUCUUUGAUUAUUAUACUCUUUUUGCUGUUUGGCACAACACAAACCCAGAGAACAACUCCGGAUAUUAUGAUGCAAUAUUUUCAGAGACAACUUCAACAGCUGGAGGGACGAAUGAACAGAUGUGAACAGGACUUCCAGCAGUUUGGUCAGAAGAUGUAUGACGUGUUCAAGGAGAUACACGGCCAAACCAACAAGAUGAAUGUGUUGAGGUCAGAGGUCAAGGGUCACGUUGAUACUGUAGCUAUGCGCUUGGAUCGGGUGGAGAGGGAUGUGGAAUAUCUGCAGAAUAAUAUCCCUGAAAUUGCCCAUGUGGAGAUUGAGGACUCGCUGCUCGAGCACCAAGUGAAAGAAGCCAAACUUAAGAAGUCGGUGAUUCCCGAAGACAAGGACUGCAGUUCUGUGCUCACGGGUAUCAAAUCCCUUAAAAUCGUAAAGAAGGCUGGCGAUACCACCGGAUCGUGGAUGAAAGAUCCAACGAAAGGUUCUGCAAAGAUUUACUUUUUUAGUGGCACUACAAACAAUACACUUUUGGCGUACGCCUCUUUGAAGACUUUUACCGAUUAUAACUCUACCAAGAACACCGAAGUUAUCCAUCUUCCUCUGCCUUGGUACGGAACAGGCCAUGUGAUCUACAGCGGCUUUGUAUAUUACCACCUCGCAGACACCAUCAAUGAGAUCCUGAAGGUCCACCUCAGUAACCGCACGGUGACUGAUCGGUUGUUGCUUCCUGGGGCUGGUCGAAUGCCGGCAUAUUCCCUCAACACCAAUACGCUGCUGGAUCUUGCUGUUGAUGAAAUGGGCCUGUGGUCGAUCCACGCAGACCCAGACUUUGGUGGAAACUUGGUGAUCACCAAGCUAGACCACAACAGUCUGGCUGUGGAGCACACGUGGGAUACCAACUGCGACAGUCGCAACGCAGAAGCAUCUUUCAUGAUCUGUGGCGUCUUGUACGUGGUCUACAACUCUGACUAUGGUGGCAGGUCCAGCAUCCAAUGCGUGUUUGAUAUUCAUGAUACCAUCUACACCGAGAGCACCCCCGAGGUUUUCUUCCCAAAGCGUUACACCAGCCACUCCGCUUUGUGUUACCACCCACAGGACAAACAGCUGUAUGCAUGGGACGAUGGGUAUCAGACCAUUUAUAAGUUAGACAUGAAGAAAGUUACAAUGACUUAAAUGUUGAACAAAAUCUACAUGGUAAAACACUAAGGCAGUUUUUAUGCCAACAACGCUUCAUUCAUUUUUUGUAAUCACAUAAAUCUGUCUGUAAUAAAAAGGACCAGUUUUGCAUCUGAGACUGAAACUAUAAGGAAAAUUGUUUGGUUUCACGACGGAACUUCCAGGAGUCUUCUAGCUUUCAUGUAGCUUAGUGGUAAGAGCAUUGCGUUAACAACACAAGGUUGUGGGUUCAAUCCCAGGGGAUUGCAAAUACCUAUGUAAAAUGUAUAGGAUAAAGCAAUGUAAGUCGCUUUGAAUAAAAGCGUCUGCCAAAUGCCUAAAUGUAAAUCAAUGUAGUGUCUAGAAUCUGAAACUGUAAAAUAUAUGCAUUACUGAAAAUAAAAUAUGUGCAUAACCACAAA